UUGCAGUGGAAUCCUGGAAGUCUGACAGCCAUUCUCCAUUUCAUCCUGUCUCUGGCCCGUUCUGUCCACAUCGGCAGUGUUUCUCUGGGAUGAUAGUCUCAAAAGUCUCGUCGUUUUCUGUGUCUGUCAAGAGGGUCCACACGUCACAUAGAAGGGAGUUUCACAGAUCCUUCUUGGAUAACCUCACUUCUACUCCAGGCUUCUGCUCAGAUAGUUGACUAGAUCCGUGAAAAACACAGCUGACCUCUUCAGCAGAGUUUGCCCAGAAGCAGAGUGGAAGAAGUGAAGUUCUCUUGGGUAUACCUAUAAGACACCACAGGAAGCUGAAAAUUCAUCAUGGACACUUUGGGUAAAACAAUCACAUGCCGGGCAGCCAUUGCCUGGGAAAGAAAUUCUCCUCUUUCCAUUGAAGAAGUGCAGCUUGAGCCACCAAAGGCUGGGGAAGUUCGUAUUAAGAUGACAUCUUCAGGGAUCUGUGGUUCUGAUAAUCACAUACUGAAAGGAUCACUCCCGGGGAACUUUCCUUUAAUCCCAGGCCAUGAAGGAGCUGGAAUUGUGGAGAGUAUUGGUGAAGGAGUAAGCUCAGUGAAACCAGAGUCAGCAGAAGCAGACCUCCAAUGAUCCACCCAGCAGGGAAUCUUGCCACAUUUUCACCCUUCGCCCAAAGAAAAAUGGAAUUUCUGAAACCUUGUUAUAUGACUUCUCCUUCACAACAACCAUGGGCAAUAUUAUACUGGCUGCCGUAAUCUGUCCACAGCAAGCUUUCUAGCCAUCCUAUGAAUUCUUCAUAAACAUGCUAUUGUGUUUCUGUUCCAAUAUUAUAUUAAACUAAUGAGCACAUUAUUUUUUUCCAUAUGUAGGAGACAAAGUCCUCACACUCGUUGUUCCACAGUGUAGAGAAUGCAAUUCCUGCUUGGCCCCCAAGGGAAACUUCUGUGAGAAGCAAGAGUGAGUAGAUUUGCCCCUGACUCUCAUUAAAUCGCUUAUGUCGGGCAAGCAUCGCUCGGCAGGUAAGGGUGCUGAGUUUUCUCUUUACAACUGCACGCAUCUGUGCCGUUGCCUGUGCCUGCGUCUGUGUCACCGCGGAAUAGCAUUCUACCUUCUUCUGGAUUGAUGCUGGAUGGGACUAGCAGAUUUACCUGCAAAGGACAAGAGAUUUAUCAAGCUUUCCGCACAAGCACGUUCGCUGAAUACACUGUUGUGCCUGAGAUUGCAGUGGC